CACGCAUGCACGGAAGCCGCCUAGCAAUUGGUACAUUAUUAUACGUUCUUAUUACAAGCUUAAUUUGUCCAGCACUGGCUACAUACAACCACUUUCUUCCAUCCAUCCUGACUUUGUCCAACCGGCUUUAGCAUGAUAAGACCUUCUGGAUUUUGUUUCUUCUGCCCCGCCGACUGAUACACCUUUGCCAGCUGCGAAAACCGGACAAAACAAAUUACGACACCCUUGAGUAUCUAUUAACCAAGUCGACCUUGUGACCCUGCGCAAACAUCGCCCACCUCCAGCCUUCCCUACAAACCACCUCAUCUUCCCCCAUAAGGGCAACAGCAAAUCUCAACGAUCUUUAAAGAAACUGGUUACUGCUGCAUUCGACGUCGACAUCGUAGACCGACUCUCGACGACAGUCGCACCUAGAGCCCUAUUCAAACCCCCCACCUCACAACUCUGACCCGCCGCUUGCUUGACAGAAUUAUCUUUGUACGAUGCGGGCCUCCCUGAUCCUUCGAGCGACUCAACACCGUACCCCCUCUAUCAAGUUCCUUGGGAAACGAAGUAUUCCUAAAUCAGUAGACCACAGCCCACAACCUCACCCAGCCUCCCCAACUCAUUCCCUCCCCGAUAGCUUCGCCACAUACAGGGCCAAGGCCCAACAACACGGCCCCCUGGGUGGUAACAAUGGACACGCAUCGCCAUUCCAAGCUGCUACAUCCGGUCAUGGAACAUAUGGCGCCAUUGGUGGGCAGUCCGGGAGGUCACUAGGGUCAGUUCAGCCUGCUCAAGGAGAGUAUUUCGACAGGAACGAACUCCCGAAGCGGUUCUGGCGCACACCGUGGUCAGAAGAGGAGAUCGAGGCUGUGAGCACAGGUGGAGCGAGCUCCGUUUUCUGAGCUGGAGCUGGAGCUGGAGCUGGGCAUCAAAGUCCCUAUCUCUAUGUUUCGAGCAUUGCAAAGCUGUGUUCGAGGUCCCCUUGAUGUACAGCAUAUCAUUAUAAUCAUGGUUCAGGUCUCGAUUGAGCAAAAGCAUCAUGGUGGUGUCAGCCUCGGAGGGUUUUCAGACCUUGCUUCAGAGGCUCGAGAAUGAGAGUCCUACCUAGCAAGUCUUGGUAGCUCAGGCCAAGCCGGACCCCGACACAACUCCCAGACGCCAUCAGAUUUCCGCCGACGACGUUAUCGACCUCCAAUCACGAGAAGCUCGAUUGUUAAUGGCUUGACUCUUCAAAAAAUCAGUAUAUAUCCCACUCAACGUGUACGGUACAUGACGGUCCUGGGGCGGCUAAAUUAUAAAAACUCCCUUUAUUCUUGUCCACAAAAUGGAUGUGAUGUCUUCUACAAGUCAAUGCCUCCC